AAUAAUAAAUAAUAAAAAUCAAUCCGCUGUACCCCAGGUCAGUGAAGAAUUACAACAGAGCACCCAAAAAUCUACCAACGAAAAAACGCACCAAAGAUAACGACGGUGUCUCUCUCUCUGUCUCUCUCGGUUCACUCUGUUCAGUGAGAUCAACAUGAACCCCAUGUCGGUUUGCUCCUCGUCGUCGUCGUCGUCUGGGUCUUGGAGCAGCACCAAGGCAUGGAUCGUCCACGGAAUCGUCGCCGGAGUUGCAAUUGCGGUGGCAAUUGGCGCCCGGGUUUACUUGGGUCCGCCAAAGAAGUUUCGGAGCCGGGUCGUUGGUAUCAUCCCCGCCCGUUUCGCUUCUUCACGUUUCCAGGGCAAGCCUCUCGCUCAGAUCCUCGGAAAGCCCAUGAUCCAGAGAACAUGGGAAAGGGCAAAACUGGCAACUACACUGGAUCAUGUUGUUGUUGCGACAGACGAUGAGAAGAUUCGAGAAUGUUGUCGCAGUUUUGGAGCUGAUGUUGUAAUGACCUCAGAAUCCUGCAGGAAUGGUACUGAGCGUUGUUCUGAAGCAAUUCAAAAGCUUGAGAAGAAGUAUGAUAUAGUUGUCAAUAUUCAGGGGGAUGAGCCUCUUAUUGAACCUGAGAUAAUAGAUGGAAUUGUUAAAGCUUUGCAGGAAGCCCCAGAUGCAGUGUUUAGCACUGCAGUCACAUCAUUAAAACUAGAAGACGCAUUUGAUCCAAAUCGAGUGAAAUGUUUGGUUGACAAUUCUGGUUAUGCCAUCUAUUUUUCAAGGGGGUUGAUUCCAUUUAACAAGUCAGGCAAGGCCAAUCCACAGUUUCCCUAUAUGCUUCAUCUAGGAAUUCAGAGCUAUGAUACAAGGUUCCUAAAAAUAUAUCCUCAGCUUGAACCUACUCCUUUGCAACUAGAAGAGGAUCUGGAGCAGCUUAAAGUCCUUGAAAAUGGGUAUAAGAUGAAGGUGAUCAAGGUUGACCAUGAGGCUCAUGGUGUUGACGCCCCAGAAGAUGUUGAGAAGAUAGAAUCUCUAAUGCGCGAGAGGAACUUGUCUUAGAAAUUCCUAGUUUGUGGUAUAUCAGACCAUUAAAAAGCAAGUAAAUCUUUCAUAGACCCACACUUAAUGAUUGGAGUUACUAAGUUUAGUUAUAUGCGGGUUUGCUGGUAUGCUGCGUCAAGAGAAAGGAUAUGGAGAGGUAUAAAUUUAAUCUGUUACAAAUUCCCCUGUAUAUUAAAAGUGAUUUAUUUCUGAGUCAUUCCUUGUAGGGUUUUUGUCCACCCAUUGUCUGCUGUCCAUAGCCGAAAGUUUAGAGUUGUAUGUUAUUUAUGAGUUGUAUUCUAAUUUUGUUUCCUGCCCCUGAUUAUAAUGUGCAUCAGUAUGUAUUCUAUCUCUAUGUGUCAUAAUAGAAGGAUUAAUUUUGUUCACAUUUA